AACGGUUAUCACGUUAUUCGCCACACUUGUUUUGGCGCCGUGACUGUCCAGUUCACGAGAGGUUGCGGAGUUAUCAUGUCCCUAACAUAUGUUAGUCCCCUUUCUAUUCAGAUUAUGGUUAAGGAGCUUCAUUCCAGGUUCUAUAUCUCAUGCUAUCUAUCUUCUGGUGUUAGUAUUUUGUUGUUGGUACUUUUGGCUUUUCUCCAAAAUAUCACCUAUAACCCACCGUGGUUUUGGGUUACAGGUACAACAGAUUUUUUCAAUCAAUAGCCUGACCCUAGAUACAUUUUUUGAUGUAUUCUUCACGUCCAAAAUCGUAUGGAUAAUGUGCAACUGCUUGAUUACCCACGCUGUCACUCACAUGUUCCGAUCCAGGUUAUCAGUAACGGACCGUAUCGUUUCGAGAACUUUUCAGAUUUUCGGUUCAUUUCUGACGUGGUGUGACCUCAAAAUACUCGCCUCAAGCUCUAUCCUGGGUGCUUUGAACAGUCUAGUCCUGGCGAAGAUUUUGGCCGAUGAAGAAUAUUCAUCUUUUUUUGAAUACAACAAUUUGUAAUGUCAUCCUCAUAAUCCUUAAAUGUGUUUAGCCCAUCGAUUAAUCCGCGACUGCAUAUACUCACGUAUUGUGGAGCGUUUAUGGGUCUAGUGUUUUGUUUUACCGUUUUGAUUCUCAAUAAACUCACACUAAACUACUGUCAUCCAGCAGAAAGCGUAUUCUCCAUUGCGAAAGAUCAUGUGAUGACACGUGUCUUCACAACUGUUGGUAGGAUGCUGUACUUCAUACUAUUGUGUGCAAUGUGCCCUAACCAUAUUCUUGGCUCUUCACAGAAUGUGUCCUUCUUUUGGAUAGUUGUAGACAAACAACUACUCCUGUUAAUGUUUUUGACUACCUUCCACCUGCAUUUCUGUUGGAGUUGUGCGAUUGACAUCUUGAAAUCACAGUUUUUGAAGCCUGUUGACAUCCCUUUGUUAUCUGUUAUCCAACCUUCUCAUUCUGUUCAGGGGAUCCUAAGUAACUCCAGUAAUACAAUAGAACAACACUUGGUUUUUGAAAGAUUGGCCGACCUGGUGGCUACCAGUCAAUCCGUCAGAUCAUCCAUAUUUUCCCUCAGUCAUAUAGGUGGUCGGCCUGUAGUAUGGAAACAAAUAAGCAACUUAUGUAUCCACUUAAUUGAUCAGUUUGUGACGAACGUUCAAAUGGCAAAUAAUUGUGGGAUUAACAACUUGGGUACACCUCUCUGGCCCAAAAGUAUGGAUAUUAAAUACAAACAACACCUGCCAUCAUCGUUCAAGGCACAAAUACGUCAACGCAACAUAACUACAACGAAAGCCUCCGUGACUACUGAUAAAUCAUGGCCUAAUCCCCAACCAAAUGGCUCUAUAAUCCUUCAAAACUUCAUAAAUGCUGGACGCACACUGUUUUCAAAAGUGUGUCCAUGGAUUCUUCAAACACCAGUUGUCAGUGUAUUGUCAUCAGAAAUUGCUUAUGCAUCGACAGCUCAUCUCUUUGCGACUGCAACAGAUAUCGAUUAUGCAAAUAGCACAAAUCCCAGUCAACUAACAGUACAAACAAGUGGUCAAAUUAUUAUAUGGGCAACAGAAGUUUUAGCCUGUUUAACAUUAUCUGCAUAUACUGAGGAUCCAUUUGGUACAGUUCAGCAGUCUUUGGGACAGAUUCUGUUACUAUUCGCUGAUGCAUUAGAGGCUGUUGAAAAGCACUUAAAGUUGGUCGGUUUAAUAAUCAAUCAGUAUAAACAAAUGAUGAAUGGUUCAGUUACUGAUAACCACCAGACGACAAGCAGCAUAUCAUCAACAGAUAAUAUACAAACUCCUUUAAGAAAUAGUAAACAAGUCUUAAACAAUGCAUUGCUUACAAAUGAUCAAUGCAAAUUCGCGUAUUAUCGUUUCGCCUCUGAUCCUAGCCUACCUUGGCGUGUAUAUGCAACAUUUUGUUGGGCUUUAACAAACUGUCUAAAUCAGUAUGGCGAUUAUCUAGAGUAAGUUACUUGGCUUUUGAGAGAUACUAAUUUGAACAUUUCAAUUAUGCGCCUAUGAACACUUCAAAGUCUUGCAUUUCUGAUUGAUGCGUUUAUAAGUGUAAUAGUCUUGUUGACGCAGAUAUAUGCGGAUGAUAUAGUCCUCCUUCCUAGGUGAAGACGCUGAUAGAAUGCAGAGUCUUCUGUAAACACCGCGAGGACGAACUGAAAUCUUCGACUGUUUGGCAUGCGAUUCGCUUGUGGUGGCAAAUGUAGGAUGCUGCUACAUGACUGGACUGGACUGUACUACGUUGACUUUGCUCCUAGCUUAAAGAUAGGGAGUAAGAUGGUAGUGUGCUGAGGACUUAUCUUAUUCGAGAUGUUGUCUCAUGAGUCCCAGUGGGUUAAUCGCUGACGAAAUCACAGAAUGGAUACAAAAGGCUCAUGCGGCAUUUACCAACAAGCAUCAUCUCUGGUGGAGACAUAAUAUCCAGUCGUCUUUCAUGGUUGACUAUGAAAGAUGGUCAUUGAGAGUGGAAGACAUGAAAAAAAACAGCUGUCUUCGAUCAUAGGUGUCUUCCUUCUAUCUCUUGUGUUCGAUGGUGUAAUGCGGUGAGCAAAUGUUGAGGUUAGUCGUCGAGUGUUAGGUGGACAGGGGAAAUCAAUUCAUGAGGUUGUUAAGCUACAUUCCAUUGUGGAUUAAAUUUAUUUUGAUAAAAUCCCACAGUGUUAUACAGUAACAUUUACUAAUAUCCACAACAAACUGUUGUGGAUUUCACUGACUGGUGAGGUCAUGUUUUCGUUUAACCACCACUAGCUCUUUUCCGACGUAAUUUAUCAUUUAUCAGCUAACGUUGCCCGUGGUCGAAGAAGGCGAUGGAUGGCUAGGAAUGCAUACGUAGCACAUGUCCUAACCAUCUCGCUCAAUCGACGUAACUUCACAACCUUGUUGAUUGAUUUCCUCUUCUAACUUAACAUUCGAUGACUAACCUCAAUGUUGCUCACCCUAU